AUGCAUGAGAAGCUGUCGAUUGGGGCGAGCAACGCACUUUCGACUUCUCUUUCCAACUCAGCAAGCUACGUUGACUUCGAAGGCAGAGAUGACCCCGAGUAUCCUCAGAAUUGGAAAUUGUCAACGAAACUUUUCAACUCUAUCCUAGUCUGUUCAGGGACAUUCAUUGUCUCGUUAACAAGCGCCAUAUUCGCACCGGGAAUUGACGAAGCAAGUAAGGUUUUCGGGGUCGGGUCAGAAGUCGGAACACUGGGAACAACCCUCUACGUCCUUGGCUUUGCAUCAGGACCCCUAAUCUGGGCACCUGCAUCAGAGCUACGGGGGAGAAAAUGGCCUCUGACAAUUGGAAUGUUAGGCGGUGGACUCUUCACUAUUGCAUCGGCAGUGGCCAAGAAUAUCCAGACCUUGACCAUAUGCCGUUUCUUCGCUGGCAUGUUUGGCGCAAGCCAACUGACUGUCGUGCCCGGUGUAUUAGCCGAUCUAUACAACAACACCACUCGCGGUGCUGCAAUUUCACUAUAUGCUCUGACUGUUUUCGUGGGACCGUUCAUGGCUCCUUUUGUGGGUGGCUUCAUUGCGUCGAGUUAUCUUGGCUGGCGGUGGACUCUUUACAUCCCGGCAAUUUUCAGCCUGGGAAAUGGAGUACUGAGUGUUUUCUUCUUGGAUGAGACAUAUCCGCCUUGUAUUCUUGUGGUCAAGGCUGCUGCUAUCCGCAAAGAGUCCCAAAAUUCGGGUAUUCUUGCCAGACACGAGGAGAUCGAGGUCAACAUCGCAGGUCUCGCGGAGAAAUACUUCACACGUCCAUUGAAGUUGCUCUUCACGGAGCCUAUUAUUCUCGUGGUGUCGGUUUACAUGUCCUUCAUUUACGGGCUUGUUUAUGCGCUGCUUGAGGCAUAUCCUUUCGUUUUCGAGCAUGUAUACGGAAUGACUCCUGCUUUUGCUGGUCUAAUGUUCAUUGGCCUCAUCAUCGGCGUGGUGCUCGCGUGUGGGUUUAUUCUUUUCGGGCAGCUUGCCUAUGCAAGGAAACUGGCAGAGAAUAAGGGCGUCCCAGUGCCGGAGUGGCGCCUUGCUCCAACACUCCUAGGAGCGCCUGUGUUUACAGUGGGCCUCUUUUGGUUUGGCUGGACCGGGUUCAGCCCUCAGAUUCACUGGGUUGUACCUGCCGCAGCUGGGAUAUUCAUAGGAUUUGGGGUGCUAUGCAUCUUUCUUCCGUGCUUCAACUAUAUCGUCGAUGCAUACUUACCAAUCGCUGCUUCGGCUGUUGCUGCCAAUAUCAUCCUUCGAUCGGCAGUAGCUGCAGGAUUUCCGCUAUUUUCAAGGCAAAUGUUCCAAAAUAUGGGGAUUCAAUGGGCUGGCACGUUGCUUGGCUGUUUAGCCGCAAUAAUGGUCCCUAUUCCGAUCAUAUUCAGGGCUUAUGGACCUUGGCUACGAGGAAAAAGCAAAGUAUUUCCAUGA